AACUUUAAUAACUAUAUUUUGCAUGUAGUUAAAUUCUAGUUAAACUCAGAAAUACACGAAUCUGGUUGGCAAAUUCUGCCGUUAACUACAGUCAAAAGUUAACUAGUCUUUUAUACAACCUAACCUACCUGUUUCCCCUGUGAAUAUAUUAAAUAAGGGAAGUGUCUCGUCCAUAACGAAAGGCAAAAAACUAUAAUAGGGGGAAAUCAGUCACGGUCUUUUGACAUUACCGCGACAACGUAUGGUUGGCUAAAAGUUUAUUAACACAUGACAGGUUUAAGUGGCAAGGCUGCAUGGCACUUGAAAUUGGCAGACCAAAUUUCAUAAUCGGUGAUAACUUGUGACUAAGUUCAGUAGGUUGUGGACAAACGUGAGAGCAGGGAAUAGAUUGUAAAACGGCGAUGAGAUCACAGGUUUUCUUUUGCUAUGCAGCGCUGUCGUUUCUCUUAUGCACGACAAACGGUCUUGACACAGAAAUCAGGUCAGUUAUCGAUUUUGGUCAAGACGUGCUGUUCAGACAAGGCUAUUGUCAAUGGGAAAUGGCAUCUUGGCAUAAGAUAGGCGAGACUCAAAAAUGCAAUUGCAUGAAAUGUACAUGCGCAGAGAAGGGGGAAUGGAAUUGCAAGUACUCGUUUGCAGACUGCCCAUAUAGUUAUUGCAACAAAGAUGCUUACAAUAUAAGGGAGAAGAAAUGUUGUUGCACAAGUAACUUCGGCAAACGUUCGCUCGGCAUCGGAGCUCGACUCGAGGACGGCAUUGUGGCAACGAAGCUUUGCUUCUUGCUCCCCAUAGACGAAACCAAACACGCUAUUGCACCUUUUGAAAACUGCCCUGAAGUGAAACAAACUUAUUAACUAAUCUGUAACAAAAACAUCUUGUUGAUACUCUACAAAACUAACUCCACUGAUAAACUAUGGAGUACGUAAGCUGUAAUAAUAAACAAGCCUGUCGGGCACAUCCAUUUUCAUCCAUUUAUAUCAAGAUAUUCAUUUAUAUCCAUCUUCUAUUUAUAUCAAUCUUGAACCCACCGCUACUGACGUGUGUUUGGAGGGUGGGGUCUGGAUUUUCUCUGAACGCCCACUGGAAAUUGUCCCCCAAUAUGAUCAGGGAUGGAGUGCCCGGGGAUAGUGGGUGAUAUGCAUAUAUUUUAAACUAUUUUAACUUGAUUUAAUAUUGUUG